CAGUAAACUAGUAAAAAUAAACGUAAGAUGGACGCGGUAAACAGCCACGUGAAAGAAAGUGGAUCUAGGCAGUUCUGCUGAAUUUCUGCUACGUUACAUAGUGGGGUUUACUCCCACGGUAGGAACUUUUCUGCUCACUUCGAGGCUGCCACGAGUACAGUUUCUCAAACUUUUUCAUCCCCGCAACGUAGACAGCUCCUUCAGUCCGUCUUAGAAAUCUCGCCCGAGCAGUCAGAAAUUCUAGAACAAAAAGUUGACAUGAAUUCCAUUAAUUUUAUUUGUCUUGUGCUUAGCGUACUUAAAGUUUGCUUCGCAGAAAAUCCUUUGGUAACAGACAAGGUGUACUUUGAUGUUAGUAUUGGUGGUGAGCCAGCAGGGACCAUUGUCAUUGGGGUAUUUGGAGAUGUUGUGCCAAAGACCGCCAGAAACUUUAUUGAGCUGGCAUCUCAUGUAAACGGCUAUGGUUAUGAAGGCAGCAAAUUUCACAGAGUUAUUAAUGAUUUUAUGAUUCAAGGGGGCGAUUAUAUUAACAAGGAUGGAUCUGGGUUCAAGAGCAUUUGGGGAGGUUAUUUUGAUGAUGAAAACUUCACCCUUAACCACCAAGGAGCUGGAUAUAUUAGCAUGGCUAAUGCAGGAAAGGACACCAAUGGCUGCCAGUUUUUUAUCACAUUAAAGGCUACACCUUGGUUAGAUGGACACCACACAGUUUUUGGCAAAAUUCUUGAGGGCCUGGAUGUCGUAAAAAAAAUUGGUUCCACUCCAACCAAUUCUGUGGACAGCCCUAUUGAUGACGUUGUAAUCACCAAGUCUAAAGCAGAGUCUGUGAGAAAUGAGCAAAUUUAUGCUGAUAUUUCUGCAGUAGAGGACAAUUGAACAAAACUGUUACCAACCUGUGUUGUAUAUCUUUAUAACUGUUUAAAAAUGUAAAACUUGUUUACAGACAGUGCAAAAAUAGAACCUUGAAAAUCCUCUAUAAUUCAGUAUUAUCAUAUCAAUCAUUAAAAUGGCAUAUUUUUUAAAAAUGUUUAAAUCAAAAUAUUUGAGUUAAAUGGGUUUUUUUUUUUAAUUUUUAGUUUCAGCCUCAAGAUUCAAAAGUAUUAUGAAAGAUAUGCUGAUCGAUCAAAAUUAUUAUCUUCUUUAUUUGUUUUUAAUGAAUAAUAUUUGUCAUAAGUCCUGUUAAUUAUUUGAGCACCUUGAUUUUGAAAACUAUGUAUUGUUUUUUAUGUACUCAGUCAUGGCAUUGAAAAGCAAUAUUCUUGAACAAUUAUGUGUUCUUAAAAGAGAUUAUUUCACACACAAAAAUUAAGAUAAAACCACAAAGUGCCUAUUGCUUGAUAACUUUUAAUUUCAAGCAUUAAUUGUGAAUACUUGUUGGGAUCUGCUUUUACAACUUUUAGUACUGUUUUUUUUAUAUUAUUGUUUUAUACUUAAAUACAUUUGUACUUUGCAAAUAAAUAUUUUGACAAUGUUA